AUGCUCCCAGUUCUCGCGAUCACGGUUCUCUGCAUCGCGACAUGGGCAUCCGCGUUGAACGAUCCGCUCUCAGAUUUACCCAGGUUCGGCACACCGCUCAACAACCUGACGGUAUCCGUGGGCCGAGAGGCCGUUUUCACCUGCAUCGUGGAAAAUCUUGGUCCGUACAAGGUGGCGUGGCUACGCGUGGACACACAGACAAUUCUUACUAUAGCAACGCACGUUAUUACGAAGAACCAUCGGAUCGCCGUGACACAUAGCGGUCAUCGUAGGUGGUGCCUUCACAUUCGAGACACCAAAGAGACGGACAGGGGAUGGUACAUGUGCCAAGUUAACACCGACCCGAUGUCCAGCAACACUGGAUUCCUCGAAGUAGUCGUACCACCGGAUAUCCUGGACGACUCCACCAGCACGGAUAUGGAGGUGCGGGAGGGGAGCAACGUGACGUUGCGAUGCGCCGCGACCGGCACCCCGAAGCCGAAGGUCACGUGGCGUCGCGAAGUCGGAGGCACCAUCACCCAGGCGAACUCGCACGAAGUAGGCCAGGGCUCCGUGUUGAAGCUAACGCGUGUCACGCGUGCCCACAUGGGACCGUAUCUGUGCAUAGCGUCAAACGGUGUGCCGCCAGCAGUGAGCAAGCGGAUCGUCCUCAACGUUUACUUUCAGCCAAUGGUAUGGAUUGAAAACCAGUUAGUUGGCGCUUAUGAGGGUCAAACGCUCGUUCUAGAAUGUCACAGCGAGGCUUAUCCAACAGCAAUCACUUAUUGGACUAGGCCGUCUAACGAAACGAUUACGAAUGAUAAUUAUAAGGUUGAGACAAUUCCAAAGGGGUACGAGAUCACUAUGAAGCUUACUAUAAAAUCCGUACAACUUCAAGAUUUUGGAUCGUAUCGAUGCGUUGCGAGAAAUUCAUUAGGGGAAAUGGACGGGAAAAUUAAACUGUACAGAAUCGAUAGAUCGCCAACGAUGCGUAGACCAAGCACCAGACGAGACUCGAAGAAGAGUUGGAAGGUGGAUCACAAUCACGAGAGGAACACGACCGGCAUGAAGGACGAACCGAUGACGAAAAUGAUCGAGAACGAGGACGAGCAGAUCGAUUUCCAUUCUUCGUCCGCCUCGUCCCUAUUCCACUGCCAUCUGCUGACCAAUCUUGGAAUUACUACCGUCACCGCCAUAUUGGCCGGUGGUAUGUCAACGUAG